GCUGUUUGUUUGUAUCCUUGGGGGGAGAUGCAGGUCCCUUCGCAUGCAUAAUAAAACUUCCCUUGUGCUCACAGAAGACGCAAUGUGUGGUUCAUCUUCAAACCACAGAGGCACCUCCUGCAGAGCAUUUAAAACACUGUCUAAACUUCAACCAUCGACAGCCUGCCUUUAAAUUAUUCCACCAUCACGGAUAAAGGAUAUGAAAGGAUCUUAUGCGCAAGUAAUUUUGGAAAAAAGCAAAGCACGUUGUUGUUCAUGGAGGUGCUCACCAUUGUGUGGCCGUGAACACAUCAUGGCGGCAUUCAAAGGAAUUUGGACCCAGUCGUUCUGGAGAGCUGUUUCUGGGGAGUUCUUGGCGACACUGAUUUUUGUCCUCCUCUGUCUUGGGUCCACGAUAAACUGGAGCGCAAAAGAGAAGCAAAUACCAGCAGAUCUGGUGCUCAUCUCCCUGUGUUUCGGACUCAGCAUUGCAACCAUGGUGCAAUGCUUCGGACACAUCAGCGGUGCGCACAUUAAUCCGGCUGUGACUGCUGCCAUGGUCUGCACCAAGAAGCUCAGCCUAGCCAAGGCUGUCUUUUAUGUGAUAGCCCAGUGCCUUGGAGCCAUUGUCGGGGCUGGAAUCCUCUACCUUGUGACCCCUAGUGAUGUUAGAGGCACCCUGGGUGUAACUGCGGUCAGUCCCAAGAUCUCUGUUGGCCAUGCACUGGUGGUUGAGCUGUUCAUUACCUUUGAGCUGGUUUUCACUGUCUUUGCCACUUGCGAUUCCAAACGCAGGGACCUCAAGGGCUCGGCAGCUUUGGCAAUAGGCUUCGCCGUCACAAUCGGACACCUUUUUGCUAUAAAUUAUACAGGAGCAAGUAUGAACCCCGCCCGCUCAUUUGGGCCUGCUGUUAUUACAGGACUGUGGGAAGACCACUGGGUGUACUGGGUCGGCCCAGUCUUGGGUGGCAUCAUUGCAGGUGCUCUGUACGAGUACCUGUACUGCCCAGACCCGGAUAUGAAGAAACGCUUGAAAGAGGCCUUCUCUAAGGGCUCUUACUCCUCUGGGAAAUACAAGGAGGUAGAAGAUUGCAGGAGCCAGGGGGAAAUAGAAGACCUGGCGAUUAAACCAGGUACCGUCCAUGUCAUCGAUGUGGACAGGGAUGAGAAGAAAGACCCCACCAGUGAGGUGCUGUCCUCUGUAUGACUAGCAAGGAGCCCUGGAAAAGGAGACAAAUCUCUAAAACUCUGUCAGUACUUUGUUUCCACCCUCAAAGAAACAGAUCUCUUGUGAAAAGAAAAAAAAACCUUCCCUGCUAUGAAAGGUAACACUGGCAAACUGUGGAUGCAUUGUAUUAGCAUUCUUAAGAGCCAACCACUGUGGCAGUUCAUUUGCAAUUAAAGGUUUUUGAAUCACCUCCGGGAGGGUGGCAAAUUGCUUUGGUCAAUGUUCAUUUCACUUCAGUCUCAUUUCCAAUAUGAUCUCUUAAUACGACAAUAAAACAUUACUUAUUUUAGGUUUGUUACGUUUCCAUGUGCGAGAUACCUGACUUUAACAUUAAUCUAAGACAAUCGUAGCAUAUAGCCUUGUAGUGGAUCUGUAGCUUUGCUUCAGAUUUCAGAAACUCAGGGUUUUCUCCUUUCUUAGUGCUUAUCUUGGCAUAGUUGUUCUGUGUUGUAAUGAGAUGUUAUAUGCUGUACAGUCUAUCACUAAAUAUUUCUUGGCUACCUAGUGGCACAAUAUUAAGCAUUUUGCCGAAUCUCCAGAUGUAAAGUGCUAGGCAGGUACCUGUCAGCUGUAACACUGUUCAAAAUGCAGCUCUUGAGAUUAGCACUAUUCCAUGUUUAGUAACCCACUGAAAUUGCUAAAUGUAAUGCAAACUUUUAUCAGAUGAAUGGAAUGAGAAAAAACAUUCAUAAAUUAUAAUGAAGUUAGUGCUGCCUGUCAACAUUAAUUGAAUCUAAGACCUUUUAUAGUGCAUAAGCACUUGCACUUUUCAAGCUGCUUUUUACAGAAAGUUUGUGAUAUUUUGUAUUUUUUGUGUAUUUUUGUGUAUCUGUAUACUUUACAUUUCAGUUUAUAAAACACAUGCAGACUCCUUUAAUGUCAUUUCACAAAUGUUUUGCUUAACCUUUGGUUAAAUGGAUUAAUUUCCUAAUCUUUUAACUGAAUAAUUCCUAGUACGCAGGACUGAAAUGGGUUCCAGUGGUAUUUCUUCAUGCGUGCCCAAAUACUCCUGUUGUAGUUUCAGAACAGCAUCAGAAUGUUUUUCAUUUAUUCAGCCAAGUCAACUAAUACUAAAGCAAUUGUCCCUCAAUUUCUACAACCUAUGUCUUAAAAAAUCAAAUAUUGCUUUAUUAAACAGUAAAAUAGUUUAAUAUUUAUCAUUUUCAAUAACCAUAAGAUUACAAGAUAGAAAGUUAAAUAUGUAUUAUUUAAAGAGAAGAUUAAUUCUAUUACAAAAGAGAACAACCCAGUCAAAGUCUAGAUGAGACGAUUAUUCACAGAUUUUGUCAUCUGGCUCUUUUUACUAUCAAUAGAUCAGCAGACGGUGAUGUCACAGUUAAUCACUUCAGUUAAUCACUCAUUUUAGAGAAAAACAAUCUUAGACGAAUUUUGAAACUCACCCAUUUGACCCUCAACCCAUAGGGAGACUUAAAAAAAACUGAUUUUUUGCAUAUUUUCUAUGGCUCAAAGUGGGGCUUUUAAGAUAGUGGAACCUAUUAAAACCUGUUAAAGUGUGUAUUUUCAUUUUGGUAUCAUUCUUGGUAUCUGUGGAUUUUUAUAAAAAAGUGAUGUAAAACAAACAUAAAUACUUUCAAAAUCUGUAGAACAAUGAUUGUCCAUGUGGUCCCAGUGAGGCAGCCUUAUUAAUCCCUGCAGGAAAUAGUAUAUUUUUCAUACAGACCACACAGCUCUUUCAAGUUAAUACAAUUUAUGGAAAAAAUAAUGAAAUUGUUAUUUUCUUUAUUCUUUUAGGAAUUAAAAGAAGUAAUAUACACUGUAUAUUGUUCUCUGUCAUGUCAGUGUACAUAUGUAUUGUCAUCAUUUUAUGUCUGUUUUAUAUCCAUUUUAUCCUGUCAUUGGAACUCCAUGUAUGGCAGUUGUGACACUAAUAAACAGUGAUAGAACUCG